AUGUUCGGGGCGCAGCAGCAGCUGCAGCCGCCCGCGCUGCCCCCGCACCUCCAGCAGCAGCAGCACUACUACCGGCGGCAGCAGCACUACAGCACCCUGCCCGCCCGCCGGCCCUGCCCCGAGCCGCCGCCCUGCCCCGAGCCCCCGCCGUGCCCGGAGCCGCCGCGGCCGCUGCCCUGCGUGGACCCCGCUCCGCACCAGCAGCAGGACGGCGCCGUGGCCUACGACCGGGUGCGCACCUACGGGCCGGGCUGCCGCCGGGUCAGCACCUCCUGCUCCUCCCGGGCCGCAUCGCCGCUGGACUGCGGGCACGGCUGCGACCCGCCACAGGGCACCAUCCGCAGGAUCAUUAUCGAGAACCCGGAUCAGGAGCCAUUAUCCCCUUUUCUUCGAGGGGCCAGUUUCUCUCCUGGAAAUAAUGUCAUCUAUGAAAAAACAAUAAGAAAAUAUGAGCUAUUAAAUCCCCUCCAAGAGCGGCAGUUCCCGGUGUGCCCGGCGGAGCCGUGCCCGCCGCUCGUGGUCACCCAGCAGUGCCAGCAGACACAGACGGGCAGUCCCUGCGAGCUGUGCCCGGGCCCGGGGAGUGACGAGUGCCGGGGACACCCCGUGAGGAGGGGCACGGUGAGCUGCCCCCAGGACAGCCCCGAGCAGCUGGACUGCCGCUUCUUUGGGGAGCUGCUGGCCGAGCUGCACCGCAAGAGCAAUGACCUGUACAGCUGCUUGCUGCAGCACGUGGAGAAGAUUGGGACAAGGAACCACGACAUUGAAUUCACGUGCCAGACUGAAGAUAUUGAAGAAUUAAUUCCCAAAGGACUGUCUGAGGCAACAAAGCAGCAGAUUCGUUAUCUCCUCCAGAUGAGAGUGACGUCGGACAAAUCCCUGAGACUUGUGCUUUCCACGUUCAAGAACCUGCGGGAGGAGCUCUGCCAUUUGCAGGAUGACCUGGGGAAGCUGGAAACUGACAAUGUCUUGCUGAAGAAGGAUUUGGCUUUUAAGGAUUCCCAAGUGAAAGAAUAUGAAACAAUGCUGGCUUCUCUGAGGGAGAACAAUCGUCAGCAGCAGCAAGGGCUCAGGGACAGCACUGCCAAAUGCCGCUCCCUGGAGGAACAGCUCCUGUCCCUGCGGCUCAGCGAGGGUGACAAGGACUGCCAGCUGAAGGAGCUGGAGUACAGCAAGAGGGCCCUGGAGCAGGAGAUCCAGAGCCUCAAGCUGCAGAGCUGCUCCAGCCCCACCCUGCAGACCACGACAGACGAGCUCUCCAGCCGCUACGUGGAGAUGAUCAACAACCUGAGGGAGGACAAGGACAGGGAGAUCCGCAGCCUCAGGUCCCAGCUGUGCCAGUUCCAGCAGGACAUAACCAGGAGAGAGGGGAGCAACAGCGACUUGCAAAUGAGGCUGCACGAACUGACAUCGCUGCUGGAGGACAAAGAGGCUUUUAUUAAACAACAGCAGGAGGAGCUCUUCAGACUGAAGCAUGAGAAGUUAUCAGGCAGUCAGUCCCCUGGGGUGACAGCCAUCAUCACUAAAAAGUACAGGAAUCAGUAUCCUAUUCUGGGUCUCCUGUCUGAUGACUACAAGGUCACAUCACCUGUCAAUAAAUCACAAACGAUUGUAAUUGAGAGGACUGGAGAGAUCUGGAAACAUGAAUGAGAGAAACCUCUGAGCCCUCAGAGCUGCUCCAAGGAGUUCACAAACCACUACAACUGCUUUACUUUCUGCUCUUCUGCAUCCAAGAAAAGGUUCAGUCUUAUAGUGAGCUCAGCUGGGAAAACAUUAAGGACUCACUU